CUAGGAAGACAAAGAGACCAUGCUAAUUGGAACAAUCCCUCUUCCGCCUCAGACAUCACACAAGUAGACCUCAAAAUGGCCAUCAGCAUUGGCGUUGCCUACCCCAAGGGUGCCAACUUCAACAUGGAGUACUACCUCUCCACCCACAUGCCCCUCGUCCAGGCCCGCUGGGGUCCUUUCGGCCUCAAGAGCUGGAAGGUUGUCAAGUUUGACGAGAACUCGCCCUUCAGCGUGCAGGCUUCGCUUGAGUGGGAGACUGAGGAGCAGGUCAACAAGGCCCUGCAGAGCGAGGAGGCCAAGGAGAUCUUUGGCGACGUGAGCAACUUCACCGACUCGAAGCCCGAGCUCAUGCGAGGUGUCGUCCAGGCCUUCGUUACCCUGUGAACGGACCGAGACGAGCCGCGAUAAUACCAGAACAAGCAACAUGGCAGUCCCUUUUCUCGAAUACCUAUAGUGAAUUGAGGAAUAAUUACGUCUGGUCGAAAUGCUCGUGCUUGGAAUGUAUCAUGUGAAGGCAUGCUGCAAGACCCUGCACGGCACGCAGGUGGUGAUGUUGCGGUGGUGUAAAUCAUUGUGAGGCGACAAACACUGCGUACGUAUGAGAAUGGCCAAGCGAAUCUGCGUGCUUGGCCUAACCAG